UUCAACCCCUUUCGUACUGCAGCCUGAUGGAUGGAUCAUGGGACCCAGUCAUGAGCUCCUUUUCUGGGUACCUCCCGCUUCCCGACACGCGUUUUAUACUCCUUGGACGUCAUUGGUGAUACCCAGAGGAUACCCUGAGCUUGAUUUGAGCUGCAUGGCACAUGGGACGCGCUGGUCGAGUUGCCGAGAUGCCUCCAAAUAACGAUGAUUUUGUUGCUGCAAUAUCGAGUGUACUAUUGGAUUUCAUGAUUUCCUUCCUACUUUAUACCUAGCACCC